AUGAUUGGAGAUGUAUCGUUGAUUGCUAGCUCAAGUUUUUUUAUGUACACAGGUGCUUCAUUGAUGUUGACAAACACGUCACGAGUAGAAGUUAAAGGGGGGUUGACAAUGUCUAACUCAAUGUUGAAUUUGGAUGACUCUUCCAAUUUUUCAACAACAAUUCCUGAUGGCUAUUUAAAUGAUAUUAGUGCAAGUAAGAUUAAUAUAUUCAAAACAGCAAGCUUUGUUACAGCCAAUUCUAUGUCGAUUUCCAGUUCAACCAUUGUUAUUGAGGAUAAUGCAACAAUGACAUGUCAACAAGGAAUAAAUGUGAUAUCGUACUCGGUUUUUAAUAUGUCGAAGAAUACCAAAAUGAAUGUUCUAAAUAAUUUUAAUAUCAACGAAGAAACACAAUUCAAUAUGAAAGACAACUCAAAUAUAACAAUACAAACUUUUAAUAACAUUGGUGGGUCUGAUGCCGUGUUAAGACUGUAUGACAACUCUUCUUUUUUAGUGACAGAUAUGAUUAGUAUUUCUUUAGUAUCCAUUUACUUGUCGGGAGAUUCGGUCUUCAGUUGUGCUGAUACAGUAUCAAUGACACAAAUAACGUUGGAAUUUACAGAUAACUCAAUACUUUCAAUGAAAUCACUUGGAAUACAUUACGGAUCCAAUGUCUCUUUAAAUGGAAAUUCGAAACUAAUAUGCGAAGAAAAACUUGUCAUUGACAAAGCUGAUUAUCAAACAAUACCAAUUGUUCAACUAAGUAGUAACACACAAAGAUUUGUUAUCGAGUCAAGCUCGUUUUCCAUCUAUGCGAAUUUUAGCGUAGACGAAAAGUCAUCAAUAAAAACUGGUGGAUUUAAUGCAGAUAACACAUGGCUAACACCAUGUAUAUUCACAAUUUCUUCAAACCGAAACAUUCAUCACCUUCCACUAUUAUUUAUUAAUGGACAAAUUACCAAUUUCAAUAGAGUGACCCUCAAAAACACAACUUCAUUCGAUUUUUUUGCUUCCGAGACAAACAUCACUAUUUCACUACCAACUGGAUUUACUUUACUUGCAGAAAAACGAUUGCUACGAUAUGGAAAGAGUACCAAUAUAUUUUGUCAUAUAAAUAACACUGUUUUGACACCAAAAAGUUUUUUGGAGAGUUACUGCCCAAGAGACAACUCUUUUAUAACGCCGUUGGACACUUUGGAAGGGAUUUCUUUCAUUUUAUCAUCUCUUAAAACUUCUUUAAAAAGUGCUUAUGACACCAACGAAGAAAAUGUAAUAUAUAUUGGUGAUUAUGCUUUUUCAAUGGUUCUUGUUGAACACUUCGCAUUUUCAAUUGUCUCGGAUAAAUUGGUCACAAUAACUACGAACGCACUGAAGUCGAGUAUAUUUGUAAAUUCCAACAAUGGUUUCAUUUAUAACCAAGUGAAGUGUUAUUAUGGCGCUUUUGUUGGCAACAAAUUUACGUGUUUGUCUUAUAUGAAUUGUGAGGGUGGCUAUAAUGAAAAUCACGUGUGUGUUCCGUGCAAGAGAGAGGGAUGUCAGAGAUGUUUCAGAUAUGAUGGUGAAUGCAUCGAAUGUAAUUCCACGUAUUAUCUCAAUGAAGGGUAUUGCAAACCACAAACCAAUUGUGCGCUUGUUAGAAAUAGAUUUUGUGGGAUAUGUAAAACGGGGUAUGUCAUUACGGGGAAUGGGUGUGAACCUAUUGGAAUAGACGGAUGUGCUGUAAGGCACAACACUGGUGGGUGCAUGUUAUGUGAUUAUUCUAAGAAUUUGAUGAACAUCAACAAAACAUGUGAAGCUACAAAAGAUCAAGUUCUGACUCAUAGUGAAUAUUAUAUAACUUCAUGCAAAUCCGGGUUUUACACAAAUGGAGAUGAGUGUAUUUCGUGUACAUCACAAGAACCAAAAAGUGAAUUUUGUGAAAACAAAAAAACGACAAAGUGCGAUACAAAAAGCGAGUUUUAUUCAAGCACGAUAUGUGAAACUAAAAGUUGCGAGAAUGUCACUAAUAGUGUACAUGAUAGUAACGGAAGAUGUUCAAAUAAAGAAAAUUGUGCAUUAACAAACAAUGACAAGUGUGUUGAAUGUGAAAAUGGACUUAUUCUCUACGACCAAGAAAUUUGUAAAUCGACACUUGAAGGGGGGUGUGCGACGGGUAAUGUAUCGGGAUGUAACCGGUGUGAGUUGGAUUACUACUACUCGUAUUUGACACGGAGUUGCCACAAAUGUGAGUCCCCUUGUGAAACUUGUUAUGGCAAUUCUUCAUUUUGUUUGAGUUGUGAAACGGGGUACUUCAUCAACGACAACGCGUGUACAUCUGACCACGAACUUCGCGCGAAAUGUCAACUCAUUGUUUUGACUGGAUGUAUAGAAUGCAUACAUGGUUAUUACAGAAAUGGUCUUGAUUGUAAAAAGUGUGAUGCGCAGUGUGAGACAUGUGUUGUUUCUGGGAGUUGUGUGACUUGCCAUGAGAACUAUUACAGGACUCUUGAAGGUGAAUGUUUGCUUCAAAGUAGUAUUAUAGGAUGUGCGGUUGAUGUCACAACAAAUGGGUGUAAUAAAUGUAUUAAAGGGUAUUACACGUACAAACAGAACCAAUGUGCGAAGUGUCGAGAUGAGUGUCCACAAUGCGCAGACGAGAAAAUGUGUCUUUCUUGUAUUGAGGAAUAUGUUUUAGUGGACCACAAUUGUGUGAUGUACACAUCGAUUCGGGAGUGUACUGAAUCCAAAGACUCAAAAUGUGUUAAAUGUUCAUUUUGGAAUGCUCCAGAUUCAAGCGGGACGUAUUGUGAUAAGAGUCCGGUGUGGUGGGUUAUAGUAAUUGUUGUUAUCGUUGCAUUAGUGAUACUAAUUGUUGUAUUCACUGUAUUUGCUUUGGUGGCGUUUCUUCUGUCGCAUCUAACAAAAAAGAAGAAAACCGAAGAGAAAGUGACUGUUUUUAACAUGAAAAAGGCAAACAUUUCAUUCACAACACUACGAGGUGGUGUCGUGGUUAAUAUGACAGAAAUAAACUUCAAUGAAGACACCGAAGAAAUUCCAGUGAACACCGAAACGCGGCAGAUUUUUUGUGUUGGAAAUUCCGAGGAACGCACCAUGAAAGUGCAAUUUUCGACAAAGAUGAAUGAACAGAAAUACUCACUGAAAGUGACACCACCUGUGGUUGUACUGAAGAAAGGCUAUGCGUGUGAAUUUGAGUUGUUUAUAACACCAAACUUUACCACGACGAUCGACAGUACAAUCGCUAUUGUUUCGAAGUCAUACACAACUGGAGCAGAGACCAUUAAUAACAUUAGUAUCAAAGCAUUCACAAUGUUAUCGACUCGACUUGACCCUUCAGAACUUCUAGAAUGUAAGAAAAUAGGAGAAGGUUCUUUUGGUAUUGUCUAUCGUGGCAAAUACAGAAACAGUGAUGUUGCAAUAAAGAAAAUGAAACUGUCUGCAGACAUUGAUGAAAACGGGAUAUUUGAAUUUGAGAAUGAGGUGAACAUGCUCGACAAAUUUCGGUGUGACUAUAUCGUCCAUUUCUUUGGAGCAGUGUUUGUUUCAAGCGAGAUGUGUAUGGUCACCGAAUUUGCAGAGUAUGGAAGUCUUCAAGAUUUGAUACACAAAAAACACGUUCAAGACAUCAACAUGAAACUUCGAAUAAAAUUUGUAUUAGACGCAUCGAAGGGGUUACUUUAUUUACACGAGAAUGGGAUAUUACACAGAGACAUUAAACCAGACAAUGUCUUAAUUGUAUCUAUGGACUAUAAUCAUAAGUGCAAUGGUAAGUUGACUGACUUUGGAAGUAGUCGAAAUGUGAAUAUGUUAAUGACUAAUAUGACAUUCACUAAAGGUAUUGGAACACCAUCAUACAUGGCUCCUGAAGUAAUGAAUCAAGAGAAAUAUAAAAAGAAUGCUGAUAUAUACUCAUUUGCCAUGACGAUGUAUGAAUGCUUCUCAUGGUCUGUGGCUUACCCUCCAGAGGUUUUUAAAUUCCCAUGGAAAAUAGCAGAGUUUGUGAGUGCAGGAAAAAGCCUUGAGAAAAGAGGUGAUAUGACAAGUAAAGAAUAUGAGCUAGUGUCGGAAACUUGGUGUCACAACCCUCUUCAAAGACUUGAAAUAAACGAAGUCGUUUUAAAACUCGAAGAGAUGUUUGUGAAUGAGUAA